CUCGCGGGAAAUCUAGCUAGUGUCGGCGCGUGUCUGGCACGCGCAGUAAAGUUAAGCUAUAAACUCCCAAAUCGAGACGCGAGUCUUUCGCCUUUGGCUUCUGGAUCCUCGUGAUGAUGAUGAUGGAGAAUUCGAAAUCAAAGUAAGCAAUCAUCGUCACUUCUUCGAAUACCCCUACUCAAAUCGAGAAUCACCCAGAGGAUUUCUAAAGAGAAAGUUUGCUUGUGACUGAAAACCCGCAUACAAGAUAAUCACCGGGGCAAAAAAAUGAGUUUUGCAUGCCUCGUGUGCCAUAGUGUAGAGAGCCCAUCCCACUCAUUUAGAAGCUACUCUGUUUCUAGCUCAGACAACGAGGGAAGAUGCUCUGUGAUUGCAAGCUGCCUCACAAGGAAAUCACUCAUUCAAGCUGCAAGAUCGAACCCUUUCCCUGCAUCGUCAUCAAAGGUAACCCCACAACCCAAUUUCCAAGCAGGUGAAGGAGCCUCACCACGGUUAGUACGAAGCCGUGCAGUGAGAAGAGACAUUGUCAGAGACUGGAACUUCAACGAAAUUGAGACAGAGCUUUGAAAUCAGAUCUGACUCUUCUCUUAGGAAUAGUAUUAGUUUGUUCAUCAACUGUUCUUUUGUACCUCGUGUUCAAAGUUUUGUAUUUGGCUUAGAAGAAUGCUUUUACAAACCAAUAAUCUAAUAUUUUCCUGGCCGUUUAUUGAA